AUGCCUCGUCGAAUGAAGUAUUCGCCGCACCUCGUGACCAUCUCCGAGACCGCCACCAUGAGCAAGGAAAAGGAGAUCGAGCGAUCGCACUCUGCGCCUCCUGAAGCGGAGGCUACAGACCGACACAUGCCUACGACUGCGUCGAAACGCGGUCGUUCACAGUCUGCCAACAGUAAAUAUGGCCGGUCAGCCCUUCACAAUGCCGUCCGGAAAGGAGACAAGCAGGCGAUCAAGAAAAUCCUCGAAACAGAGCCCGAACUGUUGUACCAGGCCGACAGCCGAGGCAACCACCCGCUACACUAUGCUGCUAGUCCGAACGUGUCCGAUGGGUUUACAGUCUGCUACAUGCUGCUGAAGGCUGGUGCGUCCGUGAACGCCUUGAACGACCGACAGCAGACGCCGCUACUGAUCUCCGUCAUCUCGAACGACGACGACGACGAUAAGGUGGCGAGAAUCCUGCUCUUCCACCACGCCAAGCCUAUGAUCAAGGUCACCGAUGAUCUCAUGUUGGCCCAAUACGCCUCCUCUCGGGGGCUACACAAGAUCGCUGCUGCCAUCCGUGAGUACAUGUGA